GUAAUAUCAAAUCCUUUAGAUAUUUUCAGUAAAAUAAAUUUACAAUUAAUGGUUUAGUGAAUUGAUUUUAAGCAAAAAUAAUUGUAUUAACUGUUAAUUACUAAUCAAUAAAGUAUCAUAGAGUGUAAAAAUGGCUGAUUUUGUACAUAGUGAAGCCGAAGAGAGCGAUUCAGAGGUCGAGGAUGAAUUGGAACCACAUGAAAGGAAAAAACUUAAAAAGUUGAAAGCUAUGUCUGAUUCAGAGGAAGAAGAAGAAGAUGACGAGGACAAAAUUCGCGAAGAACUUAAAGACUUGAUUGACGAUGCCCCAAUUGAGGAAGAAAGCGAUUCUGGAUCAGAUUCUGAUGAUUCUAGAGUUAAAAGUCAUACUACAAAAAGAAAAAAAUCUGAUGACGAAGACGAUGAGCUAGAUGAUCGAUUAGAAGACGAAGACUACGAUUUAAUCGAGGAAAAUCUUGGUGUGAAAGUCGAGAGAAAACGCUUUAAGCGUCUCAAGAGGAUUACAGACGAAGAAUCAGAUAACGAGGACAGAGAUGAGAGUCUUAAUCGGGAAGUUUUAGCUGAUCAGCUUUUUGUUAAUAACUCGGAUGAGGAACAAGAAACUCAGGAGGAUGAUCGACGAUCUGAAAGAAGUAGAAGACAAGAACCUGAACGUUAUGACGACGAAAUAUCUGAUGAAUCUGAUGCUGAUGACUUUAUUGUCGACGAUUAUGGUGUAUCGAUUGCUGAAAAAAAGCGCAAACGAAAGCCAGUUUUCACAGACGCAGCAUUACAAGAAGGUCAAGACAUUUUUGGUGUCGAUUUUGAUUAUAAUGAAUUUGAUGCUUAUGAGGAAGACGAAUACGAGGAUGAAUCAGCAGACGAGGAUGAAUAUGAGGAAGAGGAUCAAGAAAAAAGAACUAAAAAAGCAUCGCGUAAAAAAGUACAGAAAAAAUCAAUUUUUGAUAUUUACGAACCAAGCGAGUUGAAACGGGGACAUUUUACUGACCUUGAUAAUCACAUUCGAAAAACUGAUAUUCCUGAACGAAUGCAAUUAAGAGAUGUUCCAAUCCAAAGUGUUCCAGAAAAUUCAACAGAGCUUGAAGAUGAAGCAGAGUGGAUUUAUCACCAAGCAUUUUUUAAGAAAACAAUAUCACACACUUCACAAAAGCCACAGCAUGAACAGAGAAAAUCUCCAUCGGCGAUUGCAAAAAUCAAAAAGACUCUCGACUUUAUUAGAAACCAACAUUUAGAAGUUCCAUUUAUUGCAUUUUAUCGCAAGGAAUAUGUCUUACCAGAACUCAAAAUUAAAGAUUUAUGGAAAGUUUAUAAAUAUGAUGCAAAAUGGUGCAUAUUACAGAAUAGAAAGAAAGCACUUCUUCAAUUAUUUGAAAGAAUUCGUGAUUUCCAAUUAGAACAAAUAGCAGAUAAGCCUGAUAAUGACGUUCCUGAAGAUAUGGUCUUGAUUCGAGACGAUGAUUUUGACAGAUUAAGGAGUGUUCAAACACCAGAGGAAUUGAGAGAUAUUCAUGACUAUUUUCUGCUUCAUUGUGCUCCAGACAUUGAAGGAUAUAAGUCAAUUGAGAGACAAAAGAAGCAGGAUAUACACAAAGAACAUCGUGAAGAGAAAAUGAAAGUACGUAGAGAACAAUUAGUGAUCGAAAUAAAGGAAAUGCAAGCUGGUAUGGACGAGGAACCAACUGAGGAGGAUGAAGAUAGAUUAAGAAGUAUGCAAGAGGAAUUAGAAGCCAUUAAUAUUGGUGAUGUUCACGACGAAGAUGAAGAACAAGUUCGACCAGACGAAGUUAAAGUUUCUAGAAAUACUGGACCUUAUGCUCGCUGUAGAAAAGCUGGAAUCUGUAAAUUUGCUAAACUUUUCGGUCUCACACCAGAACAGUUUGCUGAGAAUUUACGUGAUGGCUAUCAACGUCAUGAAGUCGAACAAGAAGCAAAAGAUCCAAUGGAAUUGGCAAAAGAUUUCGUUUCAGCUAAUUUUUCGACUGUUGAAGAAGUAAUUAAUGCAGCGAAAUUUGUAGUAGCACGACAAAUUGCACGUGAGCCAUUAUUACGUAAAACUGUCCGUGAGAUAUUUUAUGAACGUGCUAAACUGACUGUUCGUCCAACAAAGAGAGGUUUGAAGGAAAUUGACGAAUUUCAUUCUUGCUAUACGUUGAAAUAUUUAAAGAACAAACCUGUUAAUACAAUAAAAGGCGAUGAAUUUCUUCGAUUGAAAAUUGCUGAGCAGGAUAAGUUAUUGACUGUCACAUUAAAUGAGAAUAUGGAAGGCAAUAACUCAAAUUCAUUGUAUUUGGAUGAAAUUAAGCAAUUGUAUAAUCGAGAUGAAUUUUCACAGCAUGUUCAAAAUUGGAAUAAAUUGCGUUUUGAAUGUGUUGAAAUUGCUCUCAUAAAAAUGGUUCUUCCUGAUUUGAGAAAGGAACUUGAUGCUAUUCUCCAUAAUGAGUCUAAAGAAUUUGUGUCAGAUGCUUGUGGUCGAAGAAUGUACAAUUGGAUUAAAACAGCACCUUAUGAUGCUGGUGACAUUUUCGAUGAAAAUGACUAUGAAUGGGAGACAUCAAAAGGAUUAAGACUUAUGGGUAUAGCAUAUGUUCCUGAUCAUUCGCAGGCUGCUUUUGGUGUUAUGAUUAAUCACGAAGGUGAAGUUACAGACUAUAUAAGACUUCCAUAUAUAUUAAAACGUAAGAAUACAAAUAACAAAGAUGAAAAAGCAUUAAAAGAAUCAGAUUUGGAUAAUUUAGCUGAAUUUUUAAGGAAUAAGAAGCCACAUGUUAUUGCUAUUGGAGGAGAGUCGAGAGAAGCACUUAUGAUUCAAGCAGAUUUACGUGAAGUCGUUCAACAAUUGUAUGAUGAUGAUAAGUUCCCAAAAAUUAAUGUCGAAAUUGUUGAUAAUGAUUUUGCUAAAAUAUUCUCUAACUCUAAAAAGGGCGAGGAAGAGUUCCGUGACUAUCCACUCCUGCUACGACAAGCUAUUUCUAUUGCACGUCGAAUACGCGAUCCACUUGUUGAAUUCAGUCAGCUUUGUUCAGCCGACGAAGAGAUAUUGUGCCUUCGUUAUCACACAUUGCAAGAUCAGUUAUCGAAAGAGGACUUGCUGGAUGCAAUUUAUACGGAAUUUAUUAAUCGAACAAAUGAAGUUGGUGUGGAUAUAAAUUUAGCAGUUCAGAAUUCAUUAACGAUAAAUUUAGUGCAGUUCAUUUGUGGUUUAGGUCCACGUAAAGGACAAGCAUUAAUAAAAAUUCUUAAGCAGACGAAUCAACGGCUUGAAAAUCGUACACAGCUUGUAACACUUUGUCAUAUGGGACCUAAAGUCUUCAUUAAUUGCUCAGGUUUUAUAAAAAUUGAUACAAAUUCACUUGGUGACAGUACCGAAUCAUAUGUAGAAGUUCUCGAUGGAUCUCGUGUUCAUCCUGAAACAUACGAGUGGGCGAGAAAAAUGGCAGUGGAUGCUCUCGAGUAUGAUGAUGAUGGUGCAAAUCCAGCGAGUGCAUUAGAAGAAAUUCUCGAGAAUCCAGAACGUCUUAAAGAUUUAGAUUUGGAUGCAUUUGCAAUUGAAUUAGAUCGUCAAGGAUUUGGUAACAAAGCAAUUACAUUAUAUGAUAUUCGUGAAGAACUUGAGUGUCGUUAUGCUGAUAGACGUGUUUCUUAUGAGCCGCCAAAGAAAGAUGUGCUGUUUGAUAUGCUGACAAAAGAAAAUUCAGAUUCAUUCUUUCAAGGAAAAAUGAUAUCGGCAACAGUCACUGGAAUAAGUCAUCGAAAACCGUCAUCUGAUCAGCUGGAUGGAGCAAAUCCUGAACGUGAUCCUGAAUCUGGUCAAUGGCAAUGUCCAUUUUGUGUAAGAAAAGAUUUUGUACAAUUAUCUGAUGUUUGGGAACAUUUUGAUAAUAACAAUUGCCCUGGAACUUCCGUUGGUGUUAAAGUUCGAUUAGACAAUGGCUUAUUAGGAUUUAUUCACAUCAAAAAUCUAUCAGAUAAGCAUGUAAAGAAUCCAGAAGAACGCGUUCAACCAGGAAUGCCAAUUCAUGUUAGGAUUAUGAAAAUUGAUACAGAAAAAUUUACUGUUGAUUGCACGUCAAAAACAUCAGACUUAACUGAUAAGAAUAAUCGUUGGAGGCCUCAAAAGGAUGAUUAUUAUGAUCAAGAAGGAGAGGAGUCAGACAUGAGAAAGGAAACGGAUUCAAAGAAGGUUAAAUCACGGCAACAAUAUACAAAAAGAGUAAUUGUUCAUCCAUCAUUCCAAAACAUUUCGUAUGCUGAUGCUGUUAAAUUACUAAAAGAUAUGGAUCAAGGUGAUGUCAUUGUCAGACCAUCAAGUAAAGGAACUGAUCAUCUUACAGCAACAUGGAAAGUUGCUGAUGAUGUGUUUCAGCACAUUGAUAUUCGUGAAAGUGGAAAGGAAAAUACAUUUUCAUUAGGAACAUCAUUAUUCAUUGGAACAGAAGAGUUUGAGGAUCUCGAUGAAAUUAUUGCACGUUAUAUAAAUCCAAUGGCAGGAUAUGCACGAGAUUUAAUUGCAUUCAAAUAUUAUCGACGAGAAUUAGGCGGAUUAAGGGAUAAGGCUGAAGAAAUGCUGAAAGAUGAAAAGAAAAGAAAUCCGGGCAAGAUUCAUUACUUUAUAUCAGCAUCUAAAAAUUAUCCAGGCAAAUUUAUGAUUUCGUAUCAGCCAAGAGAUAAUUGCAAGCAUGAAUAUAUUUCAAUAACACAUGAUGGAUUCAAAUUCCGACAACAAAUGUUUGACAAUAUUAAUUCUCUAAUGAAAUGGUUCAAAGAUCAUUACAAAGAUCCUUUACCUAUUCAAACGCCAUCAACUCCAAAAGGCGGUUCCUCUACACGCUCAUAUUCAACUCCUGGUCUCAGUGUUCACAAUGAAGCAAUUCAACGAGUAGCUCAGAAUCUUCCAUCACACAUGUUUAAUUCAUUAGCACAAGCAACAAACACGACUCCACACUAUUCUCAUGCAAAUACGCCUUACACACCAAGCAGUCAAACGCCAUUUAUGGCAAUGACACCUUAUAUGACUCCAGGACAUUCAUCACAAACACCUCGAUACAAUCAAUUGACUCCAACACAGCAUGGACAGUUCUUGAGACCUGGCGCACCUGUAAGUCGUCCACCACCACAACAACAAAACUAUCGACAGUCACCGUUCACAGGUCAAUCUCCACGCGCUCCUCAACAGUCAUCUCGUGAACCAGGUCGAAGAAUGCAGUCACAAGAAGAUGAUGAUUGGGAGAGAGCUUCUAAUGCAUGGGGCUCGACAAGAAUGAAGGAGAACACACCAAGAGGUGACAGCAUUGGGCGAUCAACUCCUACUCGUGGAGGAUCCAGUAAUAGACGUGAUGAAUAUCAGCCUAGAAAGACACCGCAGUAUGAUAUGGAGAGACCAUCAAGUAGAACAAGUGUAAGAUCAUCAAGUGGUCGAUCAGGCAGAACAAAUAUGUCACCAAGUUCAAUGAUUGAUUCAACUCCAUUAUAUGAUGAAUAAAGCUUAAAAUUUUGAACCAUUUUUUUUUUAUAAAAAUACCUAAAAUAUAUAAUGAACGUAUUGAUUGAUUGAAUUACUUUCGUUUUAUUAUUAUUCCUACUAUUUCGUUUCGUUUUCCCUAAUGAUAUAUAUAAAUAAUAAAAAUUAAUAAAAUUGAUCAUUGUGACUUUAA